GGGAGCGCAGACCUCCAUUCCCCGCGCCGAGGAUCGGCUGGGGCCGCCGCCAGGCAAGGUGGCGUGAGGCGCUGGAGAGUUCGCCCCCGAGAGCGGUGGUGCCGCGGGCCGAGAUGCUCCUCCGGGACUUGGUGCUGCGCCGGGGCUGCUGCUGGCCUUCACUGCUGCUGCACUGCGCGCUCCACCCUCUCUGGGGCUUCGUGCAGGUGACGCAUGGUGAGCCCCAGAAGUCCUGCUCCAAGGUGACCGACAGCUGUCAACACAUCUGCCAGUGCCGCCCCCCUCCCUUGCUGCCCCCACCACCCCCGCCCCCACCACCUCCCCGACUCCUCUCCGCCCCAGCCCCCAACUCUACCUCGUGCCCUGCUGAGGAAAGCUGGCGGUCGGGGCUGGUGAUCAUCAUUGCGGUAUGUUGUGCCUCCCUGGUGUUUCUCACUGUGCUUGUCAUCAUUUGCUACAAAGCCAUCAAAAGGAAACCACUGAGAAAAGAGGAGAACGGCACCAGUGUUGCUGAGUAUCCCAUGACCUCCUCACAGAGCAACAAAGGGGUGGACGUGAACAGCGCCGUGGUCCGCGCUCUGACAAAGGCAGGGAGUCUGUCUGCUGGGCUGGGGAGGCAUCCCGCUUUAGCCAAGAGAAGGGCGAUCCAGGGGCCACUCCCCUGCCAGAAAACCUCUCCUCCUCCCCAGCAAGCCUGUCUGCUUCUCCAUUCACCAUGCGUCCCAACAGAAGCCAUCGGCACGGCCACGAGACGUCCCCUACCAAAGGUGCUUCCCACACAUCUGUCUGCCGCCGCAUCUGCGACUGUCCUCAGUCUUCAGGGCCUGCCUCCUCCCUCCCCUUCCCACCCACAUCCGGGGCCCCUGGCUCUAGACCCCCGACCCCGUGCCACGGAGGGCUGUGAGCCCAGCCUGUGGAGCCCCCUCCUGAUAGCAGACAGAGGGGCUCUUUUAGUGUCUGACCUUCCAGGGGCAAAACAACUCCCUGAACACCAGGUCGAGGAGCCAGGAAGGAUGGAGGCCCCUCUGCCUGUCCUCAGACUCAUUCGCACAGUGGAUCCUCAUAGUGACUGACGCCACCGUGUGAGCCAGGCCGUGCCUUCAUCCGGCGGAGGCCACCAUUUGUGCCAAGCCCUCUGUGGGCGCUCCGGGCUGGGCUGCCCCAGCCUGGCGCGGGGUCUCCCUGACCACCUCCAGAGGCCCUGACCAGGUACUCAGACUCUCUCCUGAGAGCCCCCGGCCUCCCCUCACCCACAGGGAGGUGGUGUUCUCCUAGGGCUCCCCUUUGAAUGUCUCUUCCCCGGGUCUUGUGUUCUAAACGUGCUGAAACCUCCGGAGGGGUCGGUAGAUGAAGGGAAGGAAUGGGAAGACCCUCCAGGCCUGGUUAUCUUCGUCCACCGGCCUGGUUCCCCGGGGGCCACCGGCCCUGUGGCCACAUGACUAACCCCGUGGCGACAGCGGCCUGUGGUUUGGUCUCCCCUGGCGGAUUGGGAGAACGCUCCUGACCUCGUGGGUCUGCUCUCUCUGUGUAGGGACUUAGCUAAGUGGAUCCUGUCCACCUCCCAGACCACCACGUGUAGUUCUCUGGAGGGUAUUUGGGCCACGGUGAGACUUUCCCAUCCAGGUAGGCCUGACAGAAAACAAGUCCCCGUUCAGGCUGAACCUUAGAAAUCCAUUGUCCCUGAGCCCUUGUGCCAUGGAGCAGUCUGUGGUCCAUUGUGUUGCAGAGGGCAGAGGGAGAAGGUGAGUUUGCUGAGACCCUAACCCGGAUCCCCCCCCCCCCCACCCCCAGGUCAGCGGGAACAGGCUGGGGACAGGUCCAGGCCCAGACCCUCUGGGAAAGGCUUCUGUCUUCCUUUCAGUUUUCCUUCGGUGUGAGGACCUGUUUUGAGUUUGGAUUUGGAUUUUGCUUUCCCUGCCUACGUUAGCAUGGCACACCACCACGGGCGGCCAUGGUCAGUGCCCCCAGCUGGUGGGCGCCCAUGCCUUCCACUCCCCCCCAAGGGAUGCAGGGCCCGUGACAAGAGGCCAGAGGGUGUGAGUCUGCAGCGAGACGCUUUCCCUCACGGCCUAUAGCCUCCUGCCAAGUCCCCUGCCUAUGCCCUGAGCAGAUACCCUGGCAGGAACCCCACUCUCAGCACAUGCCACCCUGGGCUCAGAAGGGAUGGGAAGGCCCCUGUGGUCAGAGGGGAGAAUCCUGGCUAAGGGGUGCCGGAGGGGUGGGCAGCCGGCCCGGAGAGGCACCCAGGGAGGCAGGGCACAGGCCUGCUUUGCACAAUCCCACCUUCCCUGACCCUGGCUUCAACCUGGGAGGUUUUACAACUAGCUAAAUCCUUCAGCCCCUGGCAAGGCUCCCUGUGAGGAACUUCGAUGACCACCCACCAGGCUCUGGGGCCAGUGUCCCCUUCCCUGGGGACACAGCCGGGGCUCUGGGAGAAGCUAAUAUUUGUGCAUAAAUUCCCCCAAAUCGUGUUUAUAAAGUCUCUUAUCGCUCCGUUAGUGAAAACCAAGAGAAGAGCCCAGUUCUUAAAAAAGAAUCUACGUGAGAAGUCAACCCACCAAACCUAGAACUGGCCAUUUGGAAACUCCCACAUGUGGCAACAAGGGAACCUCACCGGAGUUUUGGCUUAAGUGACGAGAAAAAAAAAACAAACAAACAAAAACACUCGGCCUGGUAUUUGAGCUCGGAACUUUUAUUUCAGGAAUGUAUCUGCAGUCCCUCAACACAGAUCAAUCCUCAGACUAGCCCAAACGUGGAGGUCGAGAACGAAAUGCACAUUUCUUCUCCGCCUUUCUUCAAAUAGAUAUUUUUUAACUAUCUCCUAGUUGAGCCCAACUUAGAAUGGCCUAUAGGAUCUCCCAGAGUUUUUAGGUGUUCCUUAGAAGCUUCUAAAGCAAGUUUUGGAAGAGAGACUAAUAGCUGUAAAAAUAUAGACAUAUAUAUUAUAUAUAGUUAUAUAUAUAUAUUUAAAGAGAUAAAUAUAUCUAUAUAAAAUCCCUGUACUCUCCGAAUCUGUACAAAGUCUGAUUUCAACAGCCCAGGUCGUGCACGCUGUCUAAUGCAUGAAUGUCAAUACCCUGAGAUCUGCCUUCCUGACGGUGGGCCGGGGGCACACACGAAGAGGGCUCUUGUCUCUAGGAGUUCUGUCACCGUGGACAAACGUGAGGUCCUGGCCAUCUUGUCCACCAGUGAGCGAGCCACUACUGUGGAUUUUGUGCGGAGAGCACCCAGGGGGCAGGACCGGCA